AUGGAAAUCGAUUCUGGACAGACAGGGAUAGAAAAGGGAAGACAUUUGGUUGAAGAUCGUCAUAAUAAUAAUACUUAUGAUCCAGAAGCCAUUAUAAAAUGUUUAAUGAUUUUUGAUGAGGAAACAAACACAUGGUCAUUAGAAAUUGUGAAAUCUAGUUAUCAUGUUAAUAUGGGUGAAUUUGAUAAUUUUGAAACAUCUAAUUCAGCUUCAUCUGGUGAUAAUAGUAGUAAUGAUAGUUUAUCUGAAAAUGGUAAUGAUGAUGCUUCGGAUUCUGGGGAAUCGAUAUUGAAUCCUGAAUUUGUUGAACUCGCAUCAAUGAUGAAAACUUCAUUGAGCAAUAAUCCUCAUGAAGAAAAAGAUGAUGAUGAUGAAAAUGGUUCCUCAUCAUAA